AAACACAUCAUACACAGAGCUUUUGAUGAGCAUGCUGUGCUUGUGACCUUAUGGAACUGCAUCAGCACUAGUGUCGCCUUCAACAUGUUACAGUAAUACAUGCUAAAAGUAAAACGAGUGCCCAUCAUUGUCCCCUUUUUUUGUUAUUGUUAAUACCCAUUCUCCCUGGAUCAACCACAGCAAGGAGGAAGGAGAAAUGUUCAAUAGACACUUGCCCAAAUACCAAAAACCUACAACAGUAUCAUCGAUGGGUGCCAUCCAAUCGUACCUUGCGGCCGAUCUUGUCAUGCCGCAUCCCCCACAUUCAUCACGUCCAUACGAGCCUGUGCAGGCAUAUUGCCAGAUGUUAGAAUCUCUGAUUCAGAAGCGGUAUCAGGAAGCCCUGGCAUACUGUACCCCUGCUACCUCACAACCCUGUCUUCGUAUCUACCGCAAUUGGCAUCCUGACGAUCAACAGCGUAAAGAAAAGCAGCUGGAACACAUCCAGAGCAGGUUCUUGCUCUCAUACCCUGCUGAAAAAUACAACCUAAUUCGGGAGGAUGAUCACUCUCCUAUCGUUAAUCCUUUUUUCAAUCUCUCUGGCUUGUUCUUUUGCGCGACUGGAUCGCCUCUGAACAGCGACAAGGAUGGCGCUAACGCAGGUGGUCCUGUUCAAACAUCACCUUACGGCACAACACGAUUCCAGGUCGAGUUUGGUCAACUUCAGAGGAUGCUUUUCCCUAGCUUCAAACUCUACUUUGCAGAUCACUACAAAGUCGUUGGUGAUUGGUACAUUCAGUUGAUUGUAGUUCCCAGCUGGAACGUCAGGCUUGAAGAGCAGUGUGUCCAGCAGGGCAUGGUUGAACUCGACAUCAGGUCUAACCCAUUCUUUUACCGCGCAGAUGAUGGCCAGUACUGGGUCAGCAAUUCUCCAAAACUCUGGAUGGAGCUCUUUAUUGGAUGUGAUACCAUUCCCACUACUGAUAUGGGCGAGGUUGUCGAAAGUCGACUGCAUGAAAAGGUUCGAAAAACCCGGAACCGUAUGACAGAACAGGAAGAGCGAGAGAGACACGCUCGGGUCAUUGAGAAUGUUGCUAGAGACCUUACUAGGCUGGCUGAAGGUCUGAGGCAGGGAUUAGGUCCAGUCGAUCAUGAGCUAGUUGAUUUGACAUAUGGUCUGUCAAUGGCUCGGACACAGCUGGGAGUAAUGCAAUCUGGUCCAGGUAGCUUACCUCAUGUUGAGAUGGAACAUAAGGAGCAGUCUCGCGAGGAAUGAAAGGUCUUGCCGUGAUGCUGAUGUCAACAUUGGGAAUAUAAGACGUCUCGUCGUUGCCAUCGUUUCUCCCACCUUUUUUUUUUUUCUUGGUUGCUUCCCAUUCUUGUUUCAUUCUUUUUCUUUCUUAUUCUUGCUGCCCAAUUCUUCAUCUCAAACCUGCAGUCGU